CAACCGAGAUGGAUAUUAAUAAUGAAUACUUAGUUGAUUCACCAAAAUGGUCCAAUGAUGAGCUGGAAUUCGACAGUGAUUAUGAAUCCUAUAACCCAGGAUAUACCCAUAAUUUUCACCGGGGCCAUAACAAAUAUUGGUAG